CUUGAUUUCGUGUCGACAGGAGUGGAUAAAUGACACAAAUUGGUCGAUUAAAAAAAUCGCUUGAUCCUCAGCAUUUCAGUAUCGAUUAACUUUAAAUUCGGUAGGUACAGCGAUAAUCCUCAAGCUGUAGAUGAUCCAUCUAGCAUCGAGUCAGAAUCCUAUAUAGGCAGUUGUCUAUACGGCAGAAGUAAGAACUGUAGCUUCUAUAAGCAGGCUGUUUCUUGGCCGAGUUGGUUGGCGAGGAGGAUAGGGGCAAAGAAUAUUUUCACAUCAUACAAGUAAUUUGUAAGACACUGGGGGGAAAAAGAAGGACCAUUCGGUCGACAGCUUGGUUUUCUUGUGGGGGUUUCGAGGGGAACGUUUCUUACACGUAUUCAGGAAGGAAGAGUCGUUCUUUUUGGACUAACAGGAGUGCAAGUUAAAGCUAUUUUUCAGAUAUACCGUGGCUUCCCUGCUUUCAACCUACCCAAGUUGGCCAAGUGAGUGAGUGAGCGAGCGAGACACGGCGGCGGCACCCCCCGACUUGGAGCAAAAACAACCCCCCUUCGGAAAAAAAAAAAAACCAAAACCAAAAAAAAACAAACAAACCCGAAAACCAAAGGAAACAAAAACAACAAAAAAAAAUAAAUAAAUCGGAGAAAAAAAAAAGAGAGAGAGAGAGAGAUAGAAAGAGAGGCAGAGAGAGGUAGAGAGAGAGAGAGAUAUUGCAGCUCUGACGGCUAGCGAAGGAACAUGGCGUGCUGUCUUAGCGAGGAGGCAAAGGAGCAAAAAAGAAUCAACCAGGAAAUAGAGAGGCAACUCCGCAGGGAUAAACGAGAUGCUCGUAGGGAACUCAAGCUUCUCUUACUUGGGACUGGUGAGUCUGGAAAGAGUACAUUUAUCAAGCAGAUGAGAAUUAUCCAUGGUGCUGGGUACUCUGAAGAAGACAGAAAAGGCUUUGAGAAAAUUGUUUACCAAAAUAUUUUUUCAGCCAUACAGACUCUUAUAGCUGCAAUGGAAACAUUGUCUCUAGAAUAUAAGACUUCUGGCAAUAAUGAAAAUGCUGAAUUCAUAAAUUCUAUAGAUGCCGAUUCAGCUGAUACUUUUGACCAGUCACAUGUUGAUGCAAUAAAGUCUCUCUGGACAGAUGAAGGAAUGCAGGAGUGUUACGAUAGACGAAGAGAAUACCAACUCACAGAUUCAGCUAAAUAUUACCUAGAUGAUAUUGAUCGUAUCCAUGAACCUGGGUAUAUCCCAACAUUACAAGAUAUUCUUCGAGUGCGAGUACCGACAACUGGUAUUAUAGAAUAUCCUUUUGAUUUGGAUAGUAUAAUUUUUAGAAUGGUUGAUGUUGGUGGGCAGCGAUCAGAGAGACGAAAGUGGAUUCAUUGCUUUGAAAAUGUUACGUCCAUCAUGUUUUUAGUAGCCUUAAGUGAAUAUGAUCAGGUCCUGGUGGAAUCAGAUAAUGAGAACCGAAUGGAAGAAUCAAAAGCUUUGUUCCGGACAAUUAUUACUUAUCCAUGGUUUCAAAACUCCUCGGUUAUUCUCUUUUUAAAUAAGAAAGAUUUGUUAGAGGAAAAAAUCAUGACAUCUCAUCUUGCUGAUUAUUUUCCUGACUAUGAUGGGCCCAAGUGUGAUUAUAUGGCUGCCCGAGAGUACAUGAUGAAUUGUUACAUGGACCUCAAUGAAGAUAAGGAAAAAAUGCUUUAUUACCAUUAUACUUGUGCAACAGAUACUGAAAACAUCAGAUUCGUCUUUGCAGCUGUAAAGGAUACUAUCUUGCAAUUAAAUUUGAAGGAGUACAAUUUGGUCUGAUUGGCAGAUGUAUGGGAGCGCUUCUUGCGCCAACAGGCUGACGAUGGCCGGCCAUCAUGCCUACUGCUACUCCUCUUCAGCAGCGGCUUUUUGUAAAAGUGUCCUUGUCAUUGAUAAUGACUAAACGCAUUUGAAAACUAAAAUCAAAGGUCGUUGUUGUUGUAAACAACAAUUUAUAUGCCAAACUUUAAUUCCCCUGCCUCGCAUUAAACACUGAGG